AUGACUCAAAAUCACAGUCAAUUUACUAUUUUAUUUUUAGGUGAUACUCCUUUUUAUGCAGACUCGCUAGUAGGAACAUACAGUAAAAUUAUGGAUCACAAGAACUCAUUACACUUCCCGGAUGAUGUCGAAAUCUCUAAGCAUGCAAAGAACCUCAUCUGUGCCUUUUUAACUGAUAGGGAUGUGCGACUUGGGAGAAAUGGGGUAGAAGAAAUAAAGCAUCAUCCUUUCUUCAAGAGUGAUCAGUGGAACUGGGACAACAUUCGAGAGACUGCUGCUCCUGUUGUUCCUGAGCUUAGCAGUGAUAUAGACAGCAGUAAUUUUGACGACAUUGAGGACGACAAGGGAGACGUGGAAACCUUCCCAAUUCCCAAAGCGUUCGUGGGAAACCAGUUGCCUUUUAUAGGAUUUACCUACUAUAGAGAUAAUUUGUUGCUAAGUGACUCCUCUCAGUCUUGCAGAGAAAAUGAAUCUGUGCAAUCUAGUAAAAAUGAGGACAGCAAGGAGUUUCAGAAAAAACUAAGCAAGCUAGAAGAACAGCUCAGUAAUGAAUUACAAGCCAAAGAUGAACUAGAACAGAAGUACAGGUCUACUAAUACUCGUUUAGAGAAGAUAGUGAAGGAGCUAGAUGAAGAGAUAAGUUCAAGGAAGAAUGUAGAGUCUGCAGUCAGACAGUUAGAAAGAGAGAAGGCUCUUCUUCAGCAUAAGAAUACAGAAUACCAGAGAAAAGCAGAACAUGAAGCAGAUAAGAAACGCAAUUUGGAAAAUGAGGUUAACAGCUUGAAAGACCAGCUUGAAGAUUUAAAAAAGAGGAAUCAGAACUCUCAAAUAUCCAAUGAGAAAAUCAAUCAGCUGCAAAGACAGUUGGAUGAAGCCAAUUCUUUGCUGCGAUCGGAGUCUGAUACUGCAGCCAGGUUAAGGAAGAACCAGACAGAAAGCACAAAGCAAAUCCAGCAGCUGGAAGCUAAUAAUCGAGAACUACAAGAUAAGAACUGCCUGCUGGAGAAUGCUAAACUCAAACUGGAGAAGGACUUUCUCAAUCUUCAGUCAGCUCUAGAAUCGGAAAGGAGGGAUCGAAGUCAUGGAUCGGAGAUUAUCAGUGAUUUACAAGGUAUUCCCACAAGUGUCGAAUAUCGAGUAAAGAGUGCGUUAGCCAAACUGGAAAUGGAGAAGAGACAAUUGCAGGAAAAACUUACAGAUUUAGAAAAGGAAAAAAGCAACAUGGAAAUAGAUAUGACAUAUAAAUUCAAAGUUAUGCAGCAGAACCUAGAACAAGAAGAAGCUGAACAUAAAGCCACAAAAGCACGAUUAGCAGACAAAAAUAAGAUCUAUGAGUCUAUAGAGGAAGCAAAAUCUGAAGCCAUGAAAGAAAUGGAGAAGAAGCUUUUGGAAGAGAGAGCUUUAAAGCAAAAAGUAGAAAAUCGGCUGUUAGAAGCUGAAAAGCAGCGUUCCAUGUUGGACUGUGAUCUCAAACAAUCACAACAGAAAAUCAAUGAGCUCCUUAGGCAAAAGGAUAUACUAAAUGAAGAUGUAAAAAACCUGACAUUAAAAAUAGAGCAAGAAACACAAAAGCGCUGUCUCACUCAAAAUGACCUCAAGAUGCAAACGCAACAGGUCAACACCCUGAAAAUGUCAGAGAAGCAGUUAAAACAGGAGAAUAACCAUCUUCAGGAAAUCAAAUUAAGUCUGGAAAAGCAAAAUAAUGAACUUCGCAAGGAACGUCAAGAUGCAGAUGGACAAAUGAAAGAGCUUCAAGACCAGCUUGAAGCUGAACAGUACUUCUCAACUCUGUAUAAGACGCAAGUUCGAGAACUUAAAGAAGAAUGUGAGGAAAAGACCAAACUUUGUAAAGAAAUGCAGCAAAAGAUACAAGAGUUACAGGAUGAGAG